AUGGCUUCUAUGGCCGCCAUCUUGGCAGCAGUUUCAUUCGCUGCGGCUGGUGUUGCCUUGAGGCGGCGGGCAGCAAAGAAGAAGGGUGUGCAUGACAGCGAGGAUGAGAUCUCCAACCUCCUGGAGGAGCACCGCUCAAACCAGAAGAAAGGCGCGGAAAAGGCCCCUGCGGGCAUCUUGGCUUGGAGGAUCAUCCUGGGCGUCGGGAUCGGCUUUGGAAGCUUCCAAGCGCCAUGGCAGGCUCUUCCAGUCCUGAUCGAUCGGAAGAUCAUCCGGGACCCUGCUUUGCAGCUGAGUGAUGCCGAGCUGACCAUCAGCCAGACAGUGAUUUUCGUGGGGUGGCUGCUCGGGGCUAUGGCCCUUCAUCCCUUGAUGCAGAGGCUUGUCCUAAAGCAAGUGCUCGUCCUGAUAGCAAUCGUCAUGCUGGCCGUAUCGAUUGCAGCCAUUACCUUGCCAUACUUCACCCCACUGAGCAUGACGCUCUUGUGUGGGGUGAGGCUCCUCCAUGGGAUGUGUCUAAAUAUCCAGGGCGUGCAGUACAUGUACAUGCAAAAUUGCUUUCCCAGCUACGGCAGCCAGCUGUGCUCCCUGGUGAAUGCACUAUAUGCGGUGGUGGCCGUUCUUAUGGCCGUGCUUUGUGGUAGCCUGACCCUUCAGUCGGACUGGCGCAUCGAGUCGCUUACAUGGUUCGGCCUUCCCAUCAUCCUCGGCCUCUUUUUGGGCUUCCCGGAUCUUGGGAACGAGGCGGGCAGGGCCGGGGUGGGGGGGGUCAAAUUGGUGAGCCCGGUUUAG